AUGGGCUCCACUGCUAUUGAAUUCAAGAACUCUGCCACUUCUACUCUGUUGGAGUUGGUCAAGGGUCGUCGCACCUACUAUGGCCUGAAGGGUGAAAGCCCUAUCUCUGAUGAUGCCAUUGAGCGAAUUGUUCAGGAUUCUGUCCUCCAUGUUCCCAGCUCCUUUAACACCCAGACUUCUCGGGUCGUUCUGCUCUUGAAGGAGGAGCACAAAAAGGUGUGGGACAUUGCGAUCAAGGCAAUUGAAGGAUUGGUCGCUGCUGGCCACAUUCCCAAGGAGUCCUUUGAGAGCUCUACCAAGCCCAAGCUUGAGUCCUUCCGCGCGGCCUAUGGAACUGUUCUUUUCUUUGUGGACUACGAGUCGCUUGCCCCCAUCAAGGAGAAGUUUGCCAUUUACGCAGACAAGUUCGACCCCUUUGCACUGGAGUCCAAUGCCAUGUCCCAAUAUUUUGUCUGGCUUGCACUAGAAUCUGAGGGCUUCGGAGCCAACCUCCAACAUUACAGCCCCCUAAUUGAUGAGCAGGUUGCUAAGACUUGGGAUCUGCCUGCUUCGUGGAAAUUAGAUGCCCAGCUUGUUUUCGGUACACCUACCUCUGAGCCAGGAGAGAAGGCAUUCGAACCUAUCGAGAACCGUUUCAAAGUUUUCGGAAAAUAG